AAUCUUGUCUAGCCUAGCUCUGCCAUAAGUUUCAGUUCCUGUUGGAUGGCCCAGCCAGCACUUGGAGAUUUUUUAAGCUGGAAUCCUGAGCCAGUCCUGUGUGGUGAAGCAGCAUGUUGAUUCGGGGAUUGACAGUCUGCCUUUGGCUAUGCUUAGCCUGCCAGGUGGCUUGUGCAGUGGAAAGCGAGGAGGAGGAGCAGAGCCCAGGCGUCCUGUUUCCAUGGCGACUCAUAGGGCUGGGGCACCGGGUGAAGAGGGCCUGGGUCAUCCCCCCAGUAAACACCCCAGAGAAUGCCAAACAGAUCCCUAAGAGGCUGGUUCAGAUUAAAUCCGACACGCUGAAACCGGGAGAGGUCAUCUACAGGAUUAAAGGUCCCGGAGUCGAUGAAGAUCCCAAAGGCUUUUUCAGUAUUGAGGAAAAGACAGGAUGGGUCAUCCUGACAAAUGUGCUGGACAGAGAAAAGCAAAGCAAGUUUAAGAUUAAAGCCUUCGCUUUGGAUUUGAGUGGCAAAACACUGGAGGACCCGACUGAGCUAGAAAUAGUCGUUGUGGACCAAAACGACAACCGACCUGUCUUCACAGAAUCCGAAUUUAUUGGGAACAUUCUGGAACAUUCAGAACCAGGGACAUUCGUCAUGAAUGUGACAGCAACAGACGCAGACGACAUUGAGACAGACAACGCCUUGCUUCGUUACUCCAUUCACAGCACAGAGAGCAUCCCCCCAUUUCGAAACAACAAAACCAUGUUUGGGAUCGAUGGGGAAACGGGGGUCAUUUCCAGUCUGGAUGUGGGUCUGGACCGGGAGGAUGUUGAAGGCUUCAACCUUACUAUUCAGGUGGCUGACAUGGAAGGAAACGGGCUGAGUAGCUUUUCCACGGCUCUUAUAUACAUCACUGACAUAAACGACAACGCUCCAAAUUUUACUUUGGACGUGUUUUACAUGUCAGUGCCAGAAAACAAAGCUCCAGUAGAUAUUGGCAGAAUCACAGUGACAGACGAGGAUGAGCCAAUGACAGACAACUGGUGGGCAAAAUUUACUAUCACUAUUGGAAACGAGGAAGGAAACUUUGUCAUCACCACAGAUACGCUGACCAAUGAAGGCAUAGUGACGGUGCUGAAGCCCCUGGACUACGAAGCAAAGCCGGCCUACAAGCUGAUUGUGAAAGUGGAGAACACGAGCCCCCUUAGUGCGCUGGCACCCAAGGGCCCGCAGAGCAGUGCCACUGUGAUCAUUUCAGUGCUGAACCACAACGAGGCUCCUGUGUUCCGAACGAACCCCCUGACUUUGGCAAUCCCUGAGGGGACACAGGCUGGAACGGUGCUUUUCAGAAAUAUUGCCUUUGACCCCGACAGACAAGCUCUCAGAUACGCUUUAAAAAGUGAUCCAGAUGGCUGGCUUACACUUAACAGUGAAACGGGAGAGAUUAGUGCCAAGAAGGAUAUUGGCAAGGGAUCGCCGUUCCUGAUUAAUGACGUGUAUGCCGCUGUUCUCACCGUGUCAGAACUGGGACACGACAGUACCACAGCAACAGCCACAGUGGAGAUUACUGUGCUGGAGGUGAACGACUUCCCACCUGAGUUAUUCCCACUGACAGGCUCCAUGUGUCAUGACCCAAAAAAGGGUCCUGGUUUAGUGCUGACUGCAGUGGACCGAGACCAUCCACCUCACUCAGCACCUUUUGAAUUUGUUCUAGACCCCAACUACCCGGAGCAAUCUCAGAACUGGACCAUCAACCCUAUCAACGGCACUCAUGCCAUCCUGGGUCUGCUUUCACCUGUGGAUGAAGGAAUAUACAUUAUAUCUGUCUCUGUGGAGGACUCGGGUGAACCCACCAAAUCAAGCAUCCAGGAAGUCAAUGUGACUGUUUGCCACUGCAACGGAGCCGGCAGCUGCCAGCCCAUAGCAGCCGCCAUCUUUCAAGUGGGAGCGGGCCUCAGCCUUGAAGCCCUCCUCAUCAUUCUGGGUAGCAUCGUUCUCCUGCUCUUGUUUUUGCUGCUAAUGACAACAGUGAGCCACUGUCGCCAUGUCCCCGUCAAGCAAGGGCUGCUGGGAAUAUCUGAUGAUGACAUUCGAGACAACAUCCUCAACUAUGAUGAGCAGGGAGGUGGUGAGGAAGAUGAGGAUGGAUACAACAUUGACCAGCUGAGAAACCCCAACGAUGUCAUCCCAUCUCCGAUUGCCACCAUGCCAAGAAUGAAGCAGCCUCUCAGGAAGGAUGCCCCCUACAACUACCCGUCACCAUCCUACCCACGAAAAGCACCUAAUGACCCCACGGAUAUCGAACACUUCAUAAACGAUGCCCUGGACGCAGCAGACAAUGAUCCUAAUGUUCCACCCUACGACACUGCGCUCAUCUACGAUUACGAGGGAGACGGAUCCAUGGCUGGCAGCCUCAGCUCAAUAGCCACGGGAAGUUCAGAUGGAGACCACGACUACGAUUAUCUCAAUGACUGGGGCCCACGCUUCAAGAAACUGGCCGAUCUCUACGACAGCCACGGUCACUGAUUGGGCUUCACAGAAGUGACUGGUCUGCUGCAAGAACAUUCGCUAAGCCCCCUUGUGCCUGACCCCUGCUGUCCCAAGACUGACCCCAGUGAAUUGCAGAAGACCGUUCACUUAGUUGAGACUUCCAUUUCUUCAGCACUGUAACCAGAUUGUCACACCCCAUAUAAGGAGUUUACAGUAGCAGGGUGACAUGUGACCGUGUCGUAAUCAUGAAAUGACACUGUAGCCGUUCCAGUCGGCACAUCCCUGAUUCAUUCCUAUUCACCACUCCAGUCAGAAAGGAGAAGGAAAUAAAGGGAAGUGCACAACGCCCAAAAGAUGGCCAUGUGGACUCCCCACUCGGUGGAUUUUUAGCCCCAUUAGUUCAAAAGAAGAAAGAACGCCUGCAAUAGACUUGUCUCUGAGCCUGAAGACUCCCCUGCCAGUUCAAUUUUCAGAGGGAUUCACGUGCCCCCCUCGCAAAAGUUUAUGUGGACCAGGCGCUGGGGGACGUUGCUCUUAUUUUCAGUAUGCUUGAUGGUUCUUAUUGAUUUCUGUUAACACAUGAAGUCACCUCAAGGAAUGGAACACGAGAGAGUGGGGCCAAUGAUGGGUCAAAAGGAAGAAAAUCUAAUUCAGCUAAGCCUUACUUUUUUGUAAAGCCUGGAAUGUUAGGACUGAAAGUCAAUUCUUGUUGGCGUUUGUCGCCAACCCGCAUGGACUCUAAAGUUCAAUUUAAAGGACAGUACUAAUAAUGAAGGGUACACGUGUAUGUGGCCUGUAGGUACAUAAAAGGACAAGUGAGGAAGAUGGACAUGAAAAGGCUUGGUAUGUUGUGAUGGUGAACCACUUUAGUUGUGAAAUGUGCUAUAAACAAGAAGCAGAAGUCAAAAUCAUGCACUUGACAAAAAAAAAAAAUAUCUAUUUCUAGUUGCUGUGGCCAUUGUAGGGGAAAGUGAGAGGAAUCUAUUUGCUCUCAAUGGGACGAUAUGGUGGAAAAAGGACAGCGAUGCGGGCCUGCAGCCUUUGCCGCCUUGCCUCAUGCCAUUCUGGGGUUCCUUCUGUUUGGAGUUUACAUGUUCUCCCUGUGUUCCUCGUGUGCAGGAUAAGCGAAGUGCUGGCGCUAAACUGGCACCUGAAUGAAUGCGCGACUAAAAUCCCAUUUGGGGGUUGAUGUCUGACUUUUGCUUGAGUUAAGAUCUGGGCUUAGUGGGACUUUAAAAUUGGACAUAGCGGGUCAGAGCAUGGCUGGAUGGACAAUUCUAGGGGGGCUUCAUGUGUUCUCGUUUGAUGUAUUCUUUGUAUUAAAUAAACCAAACUGACACAAAA